UUGUAUGUGUAUUUGUAUGCUUAUACAGGGUUAAGGCAUAUAUUGUUAUGUUUGUGUAUACAGGGUGCGGCGCCAAAAUCCGGACAAAUUUCGAUUUAAAUUUCUCGCCUUAUUGUGCCUCUGUUAGAGAUCGUUGUUGGCGUCUGCGAAAGCCUGAUACUUUUAGAAAACAAUCGUAAUCUCAAAAUAGCUGCGAUGUUGAAACCAAUUGCGGAGUAUAAUCGAAGAGCCGCGAUCAUCGAAGGGCUUCGCCCUGGGCGCUCAGCAAUGGAAAUAAUUCGGUUCUUUGGAUACCCGAGAUCAACCGUUUAUGACGUUGAGACAAAAUAUACGGCUUCAGAACAGUCCAACAAUAGUUCAAGUAUGCCGGCGAGGAAAAGUCACUCGAAAGAACGCACCGCAAGGAUCCCCGCAGUCGUCGAAAGGGCUCAAGCGCUGAUUUUGGAGGGCCCAGGGCAAUCGUUGCGAAAAUUGGUGUCGAUUGUGGGUGUAAGCGAGCCAACAAUGCGUCGAAUUGCCGAGGAGGAUCUUCGAUACAAAUCGUACACACUCAAGAUACGAGAGAUACUCGCAGGCUGGCUCAACUGGCUCUCAGACAAUGUCGAUAUGUUUUGGUCCAAAGAAUUCUGGCCUCCUAAUAGCCCAGAUUUGAAUCCUUCGGACUACUAUGUAUGGAGCGUAGUUGAAAGGGUUACCAACAAGUCCCGGCAUCACCAAUGUGACGUCAUUAAGGACUACCAUUGAGGCAGCAUUCACCGGCAUGGACAGCACUGCAUUACAGCGUGCGUGCGGACGCUUCAGAUUGAGAAUAGAGGCCGACAUUCAAGCUAAUGGCGGAUAUAUUGAAUAAUUAUGGUCUAUAGGGAUUCCGCAAGUGCCAUGCAAAAGGAUUUUUUCUAAAACUUAACUUUUCAUUCAUAAACUUUUGUUCAAAGAAAUUGUUCGCUUUGUCCGGAUUUUGGCGCCGCACCCUGUAUAUAACUUUAUAGAUUUAGACAUUGUUUUAUAUGAAACAAAUUGUAAUGUA